AACGCACCCUGAAGGACCUGAAGAAAGGGGAAGAAGCUGGAGGGCCCGACCGGUCCUCAGGGGUCCAACACAUGGUCCAACACAUGGUCCAACACAUGGUCCAACACAUGGUCCAACACAUGGUCCGAGGACGAGUGAGAGGACUGUAUCAGUGGACACAGGAACGGAGGAGAUCUUCAUGAUGAACUCCAGCGCCGGAGGAGGCGAGGUCGGGAGGCGCUGCGUCGUCAACGACCAGAUGAUACCCUUCAUCGUCCUCUACAUCCUCAUCUUCAUCAUCAGCACGCCGGGAAUCCUGCUGACGGUGUGGAUCUUCAUCCGCAGCCCCAGAGCCCAGCAGAGCUCCAGCGUCUACCUGCUCAACCUGCUGCUGGCCGACCUGCUGCUGCUGCUCGCGCUGCCCUUCAAGAUCCUGAAGGACGUGGGCGCGGCGCCCUGGAGCCUCAUGGUGUUCCACUGCCAGGCCAGCGCCGUCACCAUCUACAUCAGCCUCUACGCCACCAUCGUCUUCCUCGCCUUCAUCAUCACGGACCGCUACCUGCAGGACCGCCCCACUCGUCUGUCUCUGCGGCUGCAGGAGGUCGGCUUCGCCCGUCUGCUGUCUCUGGUGGUCUGGACGCUGCUGCUGCUCAUCAUGGUGCCCAACAUGGUUCUGCCCAUCAAGCACGUUGAGGAGCAGCGGUUCCUCAGCUGCUCGUCUCUGAAGAAGGACAUCGGCCUCCACUGGCACACGCUGACCAUCUUCCUGUGCACGGCGCUGUUCCUCAACGCCUCCGCCGCCGUGCUCAUCUCCAGCGGCCUUGCUCUCCGGAGGCUCCUGGGCAGCCGCAGAGACAGCGAGCUGUGGGUGGAGGCCCGGCGGGUGGCGGUGAGCGUGGCGGCGGUGGCGGCGGCCUACGUGCUCAGCGUGCCCUACCACGUGGUCCGCACGCCGUACACGUUGGCCCAGACCGAGGUCAUCACGGACUGCAGCACCAGGAGGAGGCUGUUCCUGGGGAAGGAGUCCACGCUGCUGCUGAGCACGCUCCACCUCUGCUUCGACCCGCUGAUCUUCUUCUACCUCUACGCGCCGUUCAGACGGACCGUCCGCCAGAUGUUCCCCUGUGGCGGGAAGAGGAGGACGGACGGCGACAAGGAGGAAGCAGGGAAUGAUGGAAGCGGUGAGGUCUGAACGGCAGGAGGACAUUACAUUACAUUACAUUACAGUCAUUUAGCAGACGCUUUUAUCCAAAGCGACUUACAGUCAGUAGUAUGUUACAUAUCAUUCACCCAUUCACACACUGAUGACAGGCUACCAUCAAGGUGCCACCAUCAGACUCUAACUAACAUUCAUCAUCCAGUCCACACCGAUGGCCUUCAGGAGCAACUUGGGGUUAAGUGUCUUGCCCAAGGACACAUCGACUGCCGAAGCCGGGUAUCGAACCACCGACCCUCUGAUUGGAGAACUACCUUGCUCUCCACUACGCCACAGCCGCCCCAGGACGACGUGUGAACCGCCUCAAAGAGACAGGACAUGUUUAGCCUAGCUUAGCACAAAGACUGGAAGCAAAUGGAAACUGCUAGCCUUGAAAUACACGCUUCAUCAGCUCCAAAUAUAUUAUUUUUAUAUAUAAAUAUGUUCUUUUUAUGCACCAAAUGAAUGUCACGACUCCUGAGAAGAAACCGGAAAUAACUAUUCUCUCAUAACUCGUAUACUAUGAAUUCACUCUUUAUUAAAUAUGUAACUGCAUGUUUGUUUGUUUCUGAUAAUCUCUAUAUCAAUAACCUUACAUUUACGUAAUAAUUAUGUAAUUCUGGUGCUCUUAAAGGUUCUUUACAUCUUUAAUAUUAGUAGAAAAUUAAGUAAAACUGUGUGAUCUGAAUUAUAACACACAUAAAAUGUUGUUUAUUAAUGUGUGACUUGAAUCCCU